AUGUCUACAGAGUCAGAUAAAAUCAUUUUACAUUGGUUGGAUUAUUCUCGUUCGCAAAGAAUUGUGUGGUUACUAGAAGAAUUGAAUCUUCCAUUUGAACUCAAGACCUAUGCAAGAGAGAAGGAUUUUAGGGCACCAAAAUCCUUGGAGAAAAUUCACCCCUUGGGAAAAUCGCCAGUAAUUGAAAUUGUCAAGCCCAAUGGCGACCGCCAGGUCAUUGCCGAGACAGGGCACAUCAUCAAUCACAUUUUACAAUACUAUGAUCCAAACCAUAUAUUGACUCCAGAAGAGCCACUUGAAAGAGACGAAGUUGAUUAUUUCUUACAUUACUCCGAAGGCACACUUCAGCCAAACUUGGUUGCCCUUUUGGUUCAUUCAUUUGCCAAAAAACAAGCACCUUUUGGAACAAGAACCCUUAUGGGCCUAUUGGUUAAGGGAAUUGACGAUCAAUUUUAUUUUCCCGAAACCAAAAAGAAUUUGGACUUUUUAGAUGCUAUACUAGCAAAGCAGAAGCAAUCAGGCUCAAAGUAUUUUGUUGGGAAGAAGUUGACUGGUGCUGAUAUCAUCUUGAGCUUCCCACUCUUGACUAAUAUUUUUGGCUCGAAAGAGUCAGCCCAGAAAAUGGGAUUUGGAAAUAUAGAUAAGCUCUGGCCAAACAUCAGUGCUUGGGCCGAAAACAUCUCCAAAGAGCCCAAGUUCAUCAAGGCUAAUGAUUUGGUUGCUUCUUUUGAAGUUUCAAAGCCAAAUAUUUAA